GUACGAGUUCAGAAUUGAGAUGAUGAUUCUCCAUAAACCUCCAUCUUCUGAAAUCUUACAUUUUGACAAUCUGACUUCCUCGAAGUUCAUCUUCUUUAAACCAGAAAAGUCUCUGAAAACUCUCAAUGGGUUGCUACAGCAGUAAGAACCUAAAACAAUCAAAAAGAACCAUUCUUGAGAAACCAUUCGUUGACAUCGGAAAGGUUUACAUCCUCGGGGAUGAAUUGGGUCAAGGCCAAUUCGGUAUAACUCGAAAAUGCGUUGAGAAGACUUCAGGUAAGACUUACGCCUGCAAGACCAUUCUCAAGACGAAUCUAAAGAGUAGAGAAGAUGAAGAAGCCGUGAAGAGAGAGAUUCGUAUCAUGAAGCAUUUGUCUGGAGAACCGAACAUUGUUGAGUUCAAGAAAGCUUACGAGGACAGAGAUUCUGUACAUAUUGUUAUGGAAUAUUGUGGUGGUGGAGAGUUAUUCAAAAAGAUCGAAGCUUUGUCCAAAGAUGGAAAGUCUUACUCCGAGAAAGAAGCUGUUGAAAUCAUUAGGCCGAUUGUGAAUGUUGUCAAGAAUUGUCAUUACAUGGGUGUGAUGCUUCGUGAUCUAAAGCCUGAGAAUUUCUUGCUCUCCAGUACCGAUAAGAAUGCUACGGUCAAAGCUAUCGACUUCGGGUGUUCUGUUUUCAUUGAAGAAGGAGAAGUACACCGGAAAUUCGCUGGGAGUGCUUACUACAUUGCUCCUGAAGUGUUACAGGGAAAAUACGGUAAAGAAGCGGACAUUUGGAGUGCAGGGAUUAUAUUGUACAUCCUACUCUGCGGCAAACCUCCCUUUGUGACAGAACCUGAGGCACAGAUGUUCUCUGAGAUAAAGAGUGCCAAAAUCGACGUUGACAGCGAAUCAUGGAAGUUUAUAGAUGUGAAGGCAAAACAUCUUGUCAAUAGGAUGCUUAACAGAAACCCCAAGGAACGAAUCUCUGCUGCAGAGGUUCUUGGACAUCCUUGGAUGAAAGACGGAGAAGCUUCAGAUAAGCCUAUUGAUGGCGUUGUUUUAUCUCGAUUGAAGCAAUUUCGAGAUAUGAACAAGCUAAAGAAAGUAGCUCUAAAGGUUAUUGCAGCAAAUCUAUCGGAAGAGGAAAUCAAAGGUCUUAAAACACUGUUCACCAACAUUGAUACCGACAAAAGUGGCACAAUCACUCUUGAAGAACUCAAAACAGGUCUUACUAGACUUGGAUCUAACCUCUCUAAAACCGAAGUGGAGCAACUCAUGGAAGCUGCUGAUGUGGAUGGUAAUGGAACAAUCGACAUAGACGAGUUUAUCUCUGCCACGAUGCAUAGAUAUAGAUUGGAUAGAGAUGAUCAUGUGUACCAAGCAUUCCAACACUUUGACAAAGACAAUGACGGGCACAUAACCAAGGAAGAGUUGGAGAUGGCAAUGAAAGAGCAUGGUGUGGGAGAUGAAGUUAGCAUCAAACAAAUCAUAACCGAAGUUGAUACCGAUAAUGAUGGGAAAAUAAACUUUGAGGAAUUCCGCACAAUGAUGAGAAGUGGCAGCAGCUUGCAGCCACAAAGGGAGCUUCUUCCGAUCAAGUGAAUCAUAUUGUGCUCUUCUUCUUGAAUAACGGUUUAGGGAAGAAGUCCUAAACCGGAGAAAACCAAAGUGAAAGUUUUAGUUUGAUCUGUUGAAACUUUCACGUGAGUUGCAAGUAACACACUUGUAAAUCCACUUAAAAGAAGUCAUUCUUUUUGUAUUUGUUUUCCUUAUUAAGUGUGAUAUACUUAAUAUUUGAAAAUAUGGUAUCAAUUAAUUUAUUGAUUUAUUUAUAUUUUUCAAUCAUAAAUAACCGACAACAUGAAUUGCAAUGAUGAGAAGUGGCAGC